AUGGCUCCCCAACCAGACUACUACAAAACCCUCGAGGUCGACUCAAAAGCUUCCCAACAGCAAAUCCGCGAUGCCUACAAAAAAGCAGCACUAAAGCACCACCCCGACCGCGUCCCCUCCGACUCCCCCGAGCGCGCAAGCCGCACAAAGCGCUUCCAACAAAUCAACGACGCCUACUACACUCUAUCAGACGCGACACGGCGCCGCGACUACGACGCCGCACGCACCUACAACAGUUUCACGGGCAGUACCGCAACACCCGACUCUGAUUUCGAAGAAGACAUCCCAGGAAACGCGGGUGCGGGCGCAGGCACAGGCACAGGCGGCGGCUUCGCCCAAGGCUUCCCCUGGUCCGCCUUUGGUUUCGGCAGCGCGCCCGCCGGCAACACCGAGGAAUCCCACAACCGGUUCUCUGAAGAGCAAUUCGGUGGUAUCUUCGAGGAGAUGCUUAGGGAAGAGGGGAUGGCGGAUCAGGACGCGCAUCCGACGUCAAAGUUUUGGAGAGAUGCCGCAGGCGGAUAA